AUGCAUGGCGCAUUAAAAGUUGUUUUGAAUGAACCAUCAUUACCUGAUUUAUCAUUAAAACGUACUUCAGGUAGAACAACAAGAACAACGCCGAAAGAUAUGGAAUUAAUGGAUACUCAUCAUGAAACAUUCCUUAAAGAAUAUAGUGCUUCAGAAAUGGUAGUGCUAGAUUCAAUUGAAAAUGUUUCUGUUAAUUCUUCGAUACUUAUAGAUAAUUACUUUGCAUCUACUAAACUAAUACUAAAACCAACUUAA